AUGGAAUCAAGCGACUCCGGCAAGUGGAAAGAAGCGUGUGACUCGGAGUUCGACUCGCUUCAGAGAAACGACACGUGGGAAAUCGUGCCUCUUCCGAAAGGUCGCAAGGCCAUCGGGUGCCGAUGGGUUUUUCGUGUAAAGGAGAAUCAAGAUGGCGAAGUUGAACGUUUCAAGGCAAGACUUGUGGCCAAAGGAUUCUCACAGAAAUUCGGAGUUGACUAUGAAGAAACUUUCGCACCGGUGGCCAAGUUCACAUCGAUUCGUGUGGUGCUCAGUAUGGCGGCUAAGUACGGCCUAAUGCUACAUCAGAUGGACGUCAAGACAGCGUUUCUUAACGGCUCCCUCAACGAAGACAUCUACAUGGACCAGCCGGACGGAUACCUGGAUGCAACACAGCCGGACUAUGUGUGCAAGCUAAAGAGAUCACUCUACGGCUUGAAGCAAUCGCCUCGCAUGUGGAACCAAACAAUCGAUGGGUUCAUGAUCAAGAUGAGAUUCAAGAAGUGCGAAUCGGACCACUGCAUCUACAUCAAGCGAGACGACCAAGACAUGAUUCUCGUGGUACUCUACGUCGAUGAUCUCAUCCUGGCCAGCAGCAACAACGAACUCCUCAAGUCAACCAAGAUGGCGCUGAGCAAACGCUUCGAAAUGACGGAUCUCGGUGAGCUCGAUUACUUUCUCGGCAUGGAGAUCAAGAACGACCGUAAGACGGGAAUGGUGACUGUACAACAAACCAAGUUCCUCAAGUCCGUGUUAACCAAGUUCGGAAUGGAUAACAGCAAGCCAGUGAAGACGCCUCAAGAUCCCGGCCUGAAGCUAACCAAGAACAUGUGUGAACAAGAAUGCAAGCACGAAGACACCAUGUGCAACGUGCCAUAUCGAAGUGCUGUCGGAGGCAUCAUGUAUCUCAUGGUCGCCACACGUCCGGAUCUAGCUGCUGCAGUGGGAUCAUUAUCCCAGUUCUCGUCCGACCCAUGCCCGACUCACUGGCAAGCUUUGAAGCGUGUGCUGAGAUACCUGCAAGCAACGCCCAAUCAUGGUCUUGAGUUUACACGUGAAGAAGGAAGCCGUAUCUGCGGGUACACCGACGCAGACUGGGCCGGCGACAUUGAGUCAAGACGAAGUACAAGCGGCUAUGUGUUCAUGAUGAGCGGAGGAUGCAUCAGCUGGAAAAGCCAGAAACAACGGACGGUCGCGCUAUCUUCAACAGAAGCAGAAUACAUGGCGCUUUCCGAAGCAACCAAAGAAGCAGUAUGGCUCAAGGUGCUUUUGGGGGAACUUGGUGAGAUGACAAGCGACGAAGCGAUCAAGAUGUAUGAAGACAACCAAGGAUCAAUCGCUCUCGCCAAGAACCCGGAGUUCCAUAAGAGAACAAAACACAUCGACAUACGCUACCAUUUUGUGCGUGAGAAGGUGGAAUCAGGUGAAGUCGUUUUGGAGUAUUGCCCGACUCAAGAUAUGCUGGCAGACAUGAUGACCAAGCCGAUCGCCGCUGUACAAUUUGAAAACAUUCGCGAUCGACUUGGGAUCCAAGGUGCCGCAGCUAACGAGUCGAGAGGGAGUGUUGAAAAGACAGCGGCUGUGAAGAAGACACCUCGUCAAGCUGCGUCAAGUGUUGAAGCAAGUGGAAGACCAAGCUUCGCUAUACCGGUGGGUACCGGUAUGUACCAGUAA